AUGUCGUCGAUUGCCUCGGCGAACAAGAAAAAGAUAGCCCUGGUCGCGGCGAGAAUAUUCCAAACCGCACUGAACGACACGAACGCACCCACGGGGAGAAAACUCUUAAAAAAAGCAUUAGUCGGUCCACGAUUGACGUCGUGGUACCCGGAAGGUAUUCGAAAGAUGGACAUGCUGUUCGAAGACCCGGACGAUAAGAGACGGAAGGUGAAACUAGAGCGGAUGAAGAGGAGAGGGAAAGGACCUCCGAAGAAAGGGGAAGGGAAGAGAGCGAAGAAGAAGUAA